CCCAGAGGGAGUUGCUUCUGUUGCUCCAGUCCCAUUGGCAUUCCUCCACUCAGCCUCUCCGGGCUCUGGACGCCUAGGAGAAGAGGAAAGCUAAUUGGUCACUGGACAGUUCUAGUCCAUGAAGGAGGUUUCAGUUUUAAGAAAGAAAGUGACUUGGCUGUAGGUUCACUCCCCCACAGGAAAAUAUUGAAACCGAGCUUUCUAGUUCUCUGAUUUGCAUACGACUUCCACUUCCUGAUUCGGAGCCUGUUCUGCAACUUACCUGAGACUAGACAGGACAGGGAGGGAGAGUGAGACACCCAGAGCCACCCCAACCCGGAGGACGGUGUUAAAGAAGUGACACGAGAAAACAGGGAGAGGAAAGGACCCUUCUCCCUUUGCUUCUUCCCACCCCCUAAGCUCUGCCAGGCUUCGUCCAUCCUGGUACUAAGAGUUUUCUUUCUUUAUGGAUUCCAAGCACAUGUGAAACACUCCAAACACUGAUUGUGCUGUGAGGCUUGAUCCACUCAAAUUGGAAAAUGACUUCAAUCACAGAAACUAGAAUGAACCGAAGCAUUCCUGUUGAGGUGGAUGAAUCUGAGUCCUACCCAAUUCAGCUGAUAAAACUAUUCCCAGAAUUUUCCCUGGAAGAGGAAUUUGAACCACCUGGUCCAAAUGGUGGCAGCACAGCACACCGUGGUUCAUGCCCACCUGAAGCCUGCAGCACUCCUCCAACAGACUCUUCCCCCUCCAGUAAGGCCCAAGGAGCCACAAACCACCACCACUGGCUUGUAGAACGUCAGGACAGAUGUCUGCGUAAAAAGAUACUAGAGGAGUGUGAAUACAGCUUCUGGAGGAGACACCCAGAUCCCAGGAAAGAAUUCCCUUCUAGUUCCUCAGCUGCCAGUGAGUCAGUGGUUGGAGCACUUCCCCCUGAGCAUCCGUUUUCAUUUAUGGAAAAACGAAAUCAGCAGCUGGGAUCUCAGCUUUCAGCAGCUUCUCCUGACACUGGCCAUGACUCAGGCAAAUCAGACCAAAGUUUACCUAAUGCAUCAGCAGACUCCCCUGGCAGGAGCCAAGAGAAUGUGCCCAGACAGCAGCCCCCUGGGAACCGAGGGCCAUUGGAUUUGCCCACGGUAGACACUGGCUAUGACUCCCAGCCUCAGGAUGUCUUGGGCAUCAGGCAGCUGGAAAGGCCCCUGCCCCUGAUAUCCGGUUGCUACCCCCAUGACUUCCCCAGACCUCUCAGGUCCAGAGAGUUUGUCCAGGUUGGACCACAGAGGCACCCACACUGUGCACAGAUGCUGCCUCCUGAUCCUUUUCCACAUGCUCCAUGGAACUGUCAGUACCAAGGCCCAGGAGAGCCAGAUCACCACGUCCCAUAUGGCCAAGAGUACCGUAGGGCAGCCUACCAGCAAUUGGUACAGCCAGCUCAGCUGGUGCCAGGCCUUCCUGGACCCUGUGGAAGAGGCCUCCAUCCUCCUGUUCAAAAAGUCAUCCUGAAUUAUCCCAGUCCUCACGGCCAAGAAGAAAGACACGCACAAAGAGACUAUUCUUCCCCGGUGCCCCCAAGAUACCAGGGUCAGAUAUAUAACCAGCCACCUAACCAAGUCGCUGCUCAGGAGGAAUCCUAUGAGUAUCCUGUUGACUGCAGACCCCAGAUUAACCAGGUUCCUUCCCCAGCUGUGGCCCCAAGACCUCCCAGUACCCCUGCCAACAAAGGGACUUUGAAAAUAAGCAAUUUGCCAGAAGAACUACGAAAAGUCUUUAUAACCUACUCUGUGGACACAGCUGCGGAGAUCAUGAAAUUUGUGGAUUUUUUGAUAAGAAAUGGAUUUCAAACUGCUAUAGACAUAUUUGAGGAUACAGUCCGAAGCAUUGACACCAUCAAAUGGAUGGAGCAGUACCUUCAGGAUAAGACAGUGAUGAUAAUCAUUGCAAUCAGCCCCAAAUACAAACAGGAUGUGGAAGGAGCAGAGUCCCAGCUGGACGAAGAUGAGCACGGCUUACAUACUAAAUACAUCCACAGGAUGAUGCAGAUUGAGUUCAUAAAACAAGGAAGCAUGAACUUUCGGUUCAUCCCCGUGCUCUUCCCCAACGCUAAGAAGGAGCAUGUGCCCACAUGGCUGCAGAACACCCACAUAUACAGCUGGCCCCGGAAUAAGAAGAAUAUCCUGCUUCGCCUCCUGAGGGAAGAGGAAUACGUGCCUCCUCCAAGAGGGCCCCUGCCCACCCUGCAAGUGGUGCCCCUUUGAAUUGCCCAGGGGCAAAAGGUGCUGCUGCCCUCGUUUAGAUUGGAUGCCAGGGCAUCCCUGGGGUAGUGCAAGCAAGUCCAUGCUAAUGGCUGUUUCGCACUUGCUCCCUGGGCAAUGCAGCUGGUAACAUCUCUUGAGCAUUCAUCCCACUCAGCAUCCACAUAGACUCUGACACUGACACUGAGACAAAAGCAGCAGGUGCCUCCCUGAGUUCUUCAAUCUCCCGACCACUGGGAUGUACAGAUUUUUUCUCCUCUUGAAAUCACUUAGGGCGCUUCCCUUAGCACCUUUGCAAACAGAUACUGUAAAUGAUACUGCAAUAACUGUAGCCUUUGACAAACAUGCCCUAUUUGCUUAAGGUCUCUUUUGCCUGUUUAGUCAGAUGUAUUUUUCUAUCCUUAAAACAAAAGGAUUCAUGUACAACACAAUAAAAUAUUUACUUUUGUAAGCCUGGGGCUCAUUUAUCUCUAGGAAGACAUGGGUGAGGUGGGGAAGUACCCAUUUAAUGGUGAGAUAGCCAGUUGCCUCUUAGGGAGAAGAAUAAAACAAAUCAGAUGCUAUAUCAGAUAUAAUAGAUCAGCCUCUCCUGAAUGAUAGUAUCAGAGCAAACUAGACAAAUAGCUUCUUUUAACACCCUCAUUGGCACUUACACACUCUAGCAGUUCAGAUUUUCACAAUACCUUGUAGACCUCAGUAAUAUCAUGAUUCUCUAGGGCCGUGUUGGUGAACCUAUGGCAUGCAUGCCAUAGGGGGCUGCUCCCUAUCCCCUCUCCAUACAUGCUUGAGGACAUUUCUCACAUCAUCCACCCCUCUUCCCAGCAGCCCAAUGGGAACACUUUUUCCCUUCCCUGUCUGGGAUAAGGGGGCAGCUCACAUGUGGCGUGUGGGUUGAAGUUUGGGUACUUGUUCUCUAAAAGAUUCACCAUCAUUAUUCUACCUUUUAGGGUCAGUGUGUGUAAAUACAUUGGUGUGCGAAUGGUUUGCCACUUUUUAUCUUUUAUCUUUAUCCAAUACAGCCAAUAAAUACAUUGAUUGGUUUCUACAACUAGCAGACUCCUUGAAAGCAGGAAUUAAGCACUACUACAUAGUGUACACCCAGAGCUGUACUGGAGCUGGCUCCAAUUGGCUCUGGUUAAAAUUUCAGUGUGAGCAUUUAUGCCUCAAAAAUCAGCAUCUACUAAUCCAUGCUCAAUUGGUUGUUUUGUUAAUUUAAUAGACUUAAGAAAGUACUGGAUGUUAUGCAGAUUAAAUUUUAAAAUGUGCCCUGCAUGUAUUUUUUUUCUUCCCAGAGAUCAGGCUGUUAAAUAGUUACCAAUAGGGGUAACUAGGUGACUCAGGAGAUAGAGAGCCUGGAGAUGGGAGGACCUGGUUUCAAAUCUGAUCUCAUAUACUUCCUAGCUGUGUGAUCCUGAGCAAGUGUCUAAUCCUUACCACUCUUCUGCCUUGGAGCUGACACAAUAUAGAUUCUACAACAGAAGGUGAAAGUUUAAAAAAAUAGUUACUAGAACUCUACUGUAUGUGGAAGAACAGAAUGUUAGCUAAAGAAGUUUCCUUCUAAAAAGACUGCUAUUCAGAGUGGAUGGGACAAUGAUAACAGACAACAGAAAGAAGGCAAAUCUGCUCAGCUAUUGUUUUAGUUGCUUUCUUUCUGUCAAGGGGAAUUAUCUUUCCAUAGAAAAGGACAGCAGACAAAUGGCCAAUUGGGAGUUGAAAGUAGGAAAAGGCUUCAGAACCUCCAGCUGCUAUGCUAGGGUCUUUCUCUCUAAACUCCCUUAUAUCUAUUCUGUAUAUGUCUUAUAUAUGUUCAUUAAUUAAUAUGCUCUCUACCUUAUUUAAAAAAUAAGCUCCUAGAGGGCAGGGGCUGCUUUUAAAUUUUCCUUUGUAUCCCCAGUCUUAUCACAAUGUCUGACAUAUUAAUAAAUUAAUAAAUAUCUGUUGACACUGGGAAAAAAAAGAAAGUAUGAAAAGGAGUUGGCAAGAGAGCACCUAAUGGCCUUGAUUAGUUCAAGUCAAUUGACCCAAAUGAAAAAUCAUCUUAGCAUAUUCAAAGAACUGGCACCUGUGAGUUAGUAAUCUUUGCCAGAUUGGGAAGAACUAGGGGUAUCACCAGAAUGGAGAAGGACCAAUGUUUUGAUGGAAGAUAGAGAAGUAUAAUCUAUGAGAGCCAUGAACUGAGUUAAGUUUGAAAUGGUGGUCAUGGCUGGAAUUUAGUGGAGAUAAAUGUAAAGAAAUAUUUAGGUUCCAAAUUCAGCUUCACAAGUGGAAGAUCAAGAAGGCAUGGCUAUACAGUUUAGUAUCUGAAAGCUUUAGUGACCAUAAUGGAAAGAACAUGGGAUCUGAAAUCGGGGUACUUGGGUUUAGAUUCCAGCUCUGCUAGUUAUGUGUAUGGCCUUAGGACAAAAAAAAAAGGUGUUUUUUUUUUUUAACUCUUACCUUCUGUCUUAGAAUAAAUACAAGUAUUAGUUCCAAGACAGAAGAACUGUAAGGGCUGGGCAGUUAGGGUUAAGUGACUUGCCCAGGGUCUCACAGAUAGGGAUUAUCUGAGGCCAGAUUUGAACUAGGUCUUCUUGGAUUCCAGGCCUGGCUCUCUAUCCUUUGAGUCACCUAGUUGGCCUUUUGGCAAUUAAGUAACAAAUAUUUAUUAAGUGGCUACUAAAUGCUAGUCACUAUUGUGUAAUUGGAAAUCUAUUACCCUAAAAACUAUAUUUCCCAGGAGCUCACUAACUUCCUGUCGUUAUGUUCUUCUUGUAGAUAGAGGGAUAUAUUGGGUGGGGUUCCUGGUCUCCUGCUCUUUGCUUCCUGUAGCAACUGUGGUGGAGUGGGCUUUUUGAACAGGUUGAUUAGCCAUGGGCAUGUGGUUUUAUUUUGUUACCUUUUAUUUUGUUAUUUCUAAUGAUAAUUAAUAAAUCUCUUAAAAUG